AAUUGGCAAAGGAGAGUACUGAUGUGGAAGCCGAAUCACAGCAGAUCACAGAGUUGGUUGGCGACCUGAAAAUCCGUUUGGGCGCCUUAUCGGCCAUUAAAUCGGAUGAUCGAGUCAAAUCUAUUCAAAAUCAACUAAACAGUCUUAUCGAGCGUUCACAAGGUCUAACGUCCAUGGUUCAGGGGGCUCGGAACACAAACCUCCAGCUUCGUGAAAUUCUGGGACAAUACUUGGAUACGUUUAAACGAUUCACCACACCCAUGGAAAAAUUGGUUGCUGAACUUCCGUCGGUUAAUCCGUUUGUGGAAGACGAGUCACUGAAGGAAACAAUGAACAAAGCGAAACGUCUGUUUGACAAAGUUGACGAAAUGCGACGUCAGCGCACGGAUUUCAUUACUCAGCUUCGUGAGGCGUUGCACCAAGACGAUAUUACCGGUGAUUUGUUGGCUUCAGCGGUCAAUCGUGAGCAGUCUGAUUUGGAAGAACUGUUUAAGACCCGUCUAAAAAAGCAUGACUAUCUAGUCGGUUUGCUGCGUCAAAAUUUGGCCGCACAGGAGAAUAUUGAAUCGGCAUUGAUUGAUUUGAACGCGGAGUUCGCACCUCAGGCGAUCAAACUUCGGGAAACUCGACAGAAAAGAGCCACUGAGCUAGAACAGCUUGUGGCCUCGGGCAAAGCAUAUGCCGAUGUUGUGCAAAAGUGUCAGGAGGGCUUGCGAUUCUACGAAGAGUUGACACGUCGGUUGACGGAAUUGCAAAAGGAAGUAGAACAGGUAGCCGAACGUCUUGCUCUCGAGGAAUCACGUUCCGUAGUGGAACCCAUACCGCCGCGCGCGAUCUCUUCGACGAGCUCUACAAUGCCAGGUUGGUGGCUCAUUCAUUUUCGUCAUGGGCGUGUCUGUGUCUCGUACAUCAUUAAUUCAUCAUUUAUUUUAUUACGUGAACUUUUUCCAGAGAGCCGGCAAAUGUCCCACAACACAUAA